AUGCUGACCCACGAGGGCCCGGACGCUCCCCGCCGGCCUCCAGAGUUCACUGGCCCUGUGGGCACCGACCGGACCGCGUUCUCUGCCUGCAGCGCGUGCUGGGGCACCCAGAAGNCCACCUCCCCUCCCAGGGCCGAGAGGAAGCGCUGGGGCGGCGGCCGCCUGCCGGGAGCCCGGCGGGGCAGCGCGGGCCUGGCGAAGAAGUGCCCCUUCUCGCUGGAGCUGGCCGAGGGCAAUCCGGCAGGCAGCGCGCUCUACGCGCCCAUCGCCCCGCCUGGCGCCCCGGGCCCCACGUCCCCCGCUGCGCCCGCCGCGCCCCCCGCCGCCGCCGACCUUGGCCCGCGGCCGCCCGUGAGCCUGGACCCGCGCGUCUCCAUCUACAGCGCGCGCCGCCCGCUGCUUGCCCGCACUCACAUCCAGGGCCGCGUCUACAACUUCCUCGAGCGCCCCACCGGCUGGAAGUGCUUCGUCUACCACUUCGCUGUCUUCCUCAUUGUGCUGGUCUGCCUCAUCUUCAGCGUGCUGUCCACCAUCGAGCAGUACGUCGCCCUGGCCACGGGGACCCUCUUCUGGAUGGAGAUCGUCCUGGUCGUGUUCUUCGGGACGGAGUACGUGGUCCGCCUCUGGUCGGCCGGCUGCCGCAGCAAGUACGUGGGCAUCUGGGGCCGGCUGCGCUUCGCCCGGAAGCCCAUUUCCAUCAUUGACCUCAUCGUGGUGGUGGCCUCCAUGGUGGUCCUCUGCGUGGGCUCCAAAGGGCAGGUGUUUGCUACCUCGGCCAUCAGGUACGAACAUGUGGGUUUGGCUCUGAUCCUGCGGAUGCUGCAUGUCGACCGCCAGGGGGGCACCUGGAGGCUGCUGGGCUCCGUGGUCUUCAUCCACCGCCAGGAGCUCAUCACCACCCUGUACAUCGGCUUCCUGGGCCUCAUCUUCUCCUCCUACUUUGUGUACCUGGCCGAGAAGGACGCCGUCAACGAGUCGGGCCAGGUCGAGUUCGGCAGCUACGCGGACGCCCUGUGGUGGGGAGUGGUCACGGUCACCACCAUCGGCUACGGGGACAAGGUGCCACAGACGUGGGUGGGGAAGACCAUCGCCUCCUGCUUCUCUGUCUUCGCCAUCUCUUUCUUUGCACUCCCGGCGGGGAUUCUUGGCUCCGGCUUUGCCCUGAAGGUCCAGCAGAAGCAGAGACAGAAGCAUUUCAACAGGCAGAUCCCGGCGGCAGCCUCGCUCAUCCAGACGGCGUGGCGGUGCUACGCAGCGGAGAACCCGGAUUCCUCCACCUGGAAGAUCUACGUCCGGAAGCCAUCCCGGAACCACACUCUGCUGUCCCCCAGCCCCAAGCCCAAGAAGUCCGCCAUGGUAAAGAAGAAGAAGUUCAAACUGGACAAGGACAAUGGGGUGAGCCCAGGCGAGAAGACGCUGGCGGUCCCCCACAUCACCUACGACCCCGUGUUGGAGGACCGGAGGCCCGAGCCCUUCUCGGUAGACGGCUACGACAACGCUGUGAAAAAGAGUCCCACGCUGCUGGAAGUGAGCACAGCCCAUUUCAUGAGAACCAACAGCUUUGCUGAGGACCUGGACCUGGAAGGGGAGACGCUGCUGACUCCCAUCACCCACGUGUCACAGCUGCGGGAGCACCACCGGGCCACCAUCAAGGUCAUUCGGCGCAUGCAGUACUUUGUGGCCAAGAAGAAAUUCCAGCAAGCGCGGAAGCCCUACGAUGUGCGAGACGUCAUCGAGCAGUACUCCCAGGGCCAUCUCAACCUCAUGGUGCGCAUCAAGGAGCUGCAGCGGAGGCUGGACCAGUCCAUUGGGAAGCCCUCCCUCUUCAUCUCCGUCUCAGAGAAGACGAAGGACCGCGGCAGCAACUCGAUUGGUGCCCGCCUGAACCGCGUGGAGGAGAAGGUGACUCAGCUGGACCAGAGGCUGGUGGUCAUCACAGACAUGCUGCAUCAGCUGCUCGCGCUGCACCAUGGAGGCCCCCCUGGGGGCCGGCCCCCCAGCACGGCCGGGGCCCAGGCAGUCCAGCCCCCGAGCGGCGGCUCCAUCAACCCCGAGCUCUUCCUGCCCAGCAACGCGCUGCCCACCUAUGAACAGCUGACCGUGCCCCACAGGGGGCCCGACGAGGGCUCGUGA